AUGGUAUCAAGGUCCUGCGUGACCCAGCAGGCACCUUCUAGACCAGACACCACAGCAAAGGGCUUCCCCAGAGGCACACUGAAGCCACACAAGGGCUCGCCUGUUCGCGGGACCUCCGGAGCACUGGGGGCUGCCUGGGCUUUGAGCACCCCAGGACGGCACCUCGAGGCGGGAUAUCCCCGACUCGCGGACGCGGUGGUGGCCCGGCCCCCAUCCUGCCACAACGAGCACCCCGAAGGCAUCCACCCUCUUGCUCCACGCGGGCACACCGGGCUCCCUCCCUCGCACUCGUGGCUGAGAGUCAGUGACCACCCCUGGCAGGGUGGCCGCGACCCCGAGGAGGCCACGGCAGCCCGGCAGCGAAGGGCACCGCGAUCCCCGCAGCCCCUCGGAAAGGCGGAGGGAGGCGGCUCCCGGGCCCCGUCGAGAACAAAGUUAGCAGCGCGCCAGCGCUCACGCCCGGUGCCAUCUGCUCGGGCAGAGCUGGGCUGGGGGCUGCCGGGGGAGCCGCCCGCCCCGACUGUGCUCCCACCCCGCCGCCGGCUCCGUCCCGGCACCCCCAGCUCCCCCGAAACCCCUUCCCCGCCGCUCCCCCGGGAGCGGGGUCACCGCUGGCCCCGCCGCACCGGCAGCCCCUUUGGAAGGCCGACCCCGACCCCAAACCCGACCCGAGCUCGGCUCCCGGAUCUCCAGGAAGGCGACACGCGGCAGAGCGAGCGGCGCAUCCCGGAGCGCUCCGACGGGGCGCCCCGCCGUGCAGCACCCCGGGAAGGCACCGCGGCCACCGGCCCCGGGCAGCGCACCCCGGGCCGCGGCCCCCGCCGCAGAGCCCCGCCGGUGCCGGCGUCGGUGCGGGUACGGAGCUGUGGCUUUAAGAGCGGCCGCUCCGGGGCCAUGUGCUCGGCGCCAAACAAAAGCAAUAACAAAGGCGGCCGCCGGGCCCCGCCGCCGCCGCCCGGGGCAGGUGCCGCCGAAGGUCCGGGGGGCGGCCCCCGCCCCCGCCCCGCUCACGCCCCCCCCCGGCCCGCACGUACCUGCAGCGAUGGCCUGGGCCGCCGCUCCGGUGCCGCCGCGGCGCCCCCGCCCCCUCCCUCCCGCCGCUCUUUGUUCGCCGACGCCGGGCCGGGCCUGCCCCCCCGCCGGCCCGCCGCCGGCCCUCCCUCCUCCCCUCCCGCCCGCCUCCCGCCGGGCCGGCCCCUCCCCGCCGCCGCUGUUUCCGGUGCCUCUUUGUUGUGCGCGGCGCGGGGCGGCCGCGGCAGGGCCCCAGCUCCGUGA